AUGAAGAGCAUGUCGUCGUACGACACGGGGCCGGAAUCCUCGGAGCUGAGCUCGUUCAGUCUGAAGAGGAAGUCGUCAUCCAAGGGGAAGGGCGACAAACAUAGCAAGGGGAAAAAUGUGGAAAAGAGUAACAGCGCAGAUUACAGUGACGAGAAAGAAACAAAAAAGAAAGACGAACAGAAGAAGAAAAAAAACGAGCAGAAAGAUAAAAAGAGCAUAAUGAGCAAUGAUCAAAGUAAAAAUGCAAAAAGUGGAAAACAGAGUAACGUUGAAAAGACCCCAGUAGACAUGUUCAAAAGUAAAUUAAAAUUAUUAACGGACAAUAUAAUUAUUAUUGCAAUUAUUUUAUCCUUUAUGACACUGAUAACGUUUAAAUAUUUGGAAGAAAAAUAUUCCAUGGAGAAAUAUCUGGAGGAGGGAGAUUCCUUUGAUUAUUAUGAGGUGUUAAAAUGCAAAAGAAGUGACAGCAUAAAUAAAAUAAAAAAAAAUUAUCGUGAUUUAUCGAAAAUAUACCAUCCAGAUAGCAACAAGGAUUGUAAGGAUUGUGACAAAAAGUUUAGAGAUAUUACAAAGGCAUAUAAAACCUUGUCUGAUCCGAGAUUGAAAAAGGCAUAUGAUCAUUCGAAAGGAAAAGUUUUAAAGUUAAUUGAGUCUAACAGUAUUAAUUUGACCAUGAGAAAUUAUAAGGAUUUGGUGGAGAAUUCCAAUGACUACUGGAUCAUUCAGGUUUAUUCAGACACAGAUAAUCUAAGUUUGAAUUUCUCCAAAAUUUGGGAAGAAGCAUUCGAUAAAUAUAAUGAGUAUAUAUCUUUUGGACGUAUAAAUAUAUUGACAGAUAAAAAAUUAGUUAAGGCUAAAGUACCUUUUAAUGUGAAAAUUUUUCCUACCAUCUUUAUUCUGGCACCAGAUGGGACCUAUCAGUUAUAUUCAAAUAUCUUUAAUGCCACAUCAAAAGAUUUCCAAUCAUAUAUUAUUAGCAACUAUCCUAACUUAAUAUAUAACGUGCAUGAUUUUAACAAGGCGUAUUAUUCACUGAUGAAGAAAAGUGACUCUGUCAGUAAAAGUGGAUCUUCUCACAUUGAUAAAAAUAAUAAGGUGCUUCUUCUGUCCAACAAAAAUAAGUUAAGCCUUCAAGCCAAGCACAUCACGUUCAAGUAUAGGAACAUUUACACUACCUAUGCCAUACGCUACAACGAAAUUGACAGCUUAACAGAUGAGCCACUCAAGAAGGAAAUUAUAGACGCCCUUAAAGUGCUCAGUGUAAAAAAGAGUGAAUACAUUAAGGAAAAUGAAAAUAUUGAUUACUUCAUUUUGGUGAAUAAUAAAGCACAAGUGAAAAUUAUUAGACGAAUUUCCUCUACGAAUAUUAAGAAUGUAUAUAAAGAUGCCCUCAUGAAAAACAUGGUAGAAAUUAACGCUACCAAUGUCGACUCCGUUUGUUCUACUGUCGGUUCCAGACACACCUACUGUUAUGUUACCAUCAUCGAUAAUCUGAACAAUGAAGAUACACUAACAACAUUGAAGAAAAUUUAUCAACAUGUAAAUAAUUCCUACGCAAGUUUUACCUCCAAAUUGGGUGCGGAUGAAAUUGAGAGCAACAUGUUCAUUCAACCAGUCUAUUUACUAAAAUCCAGUAUGACAAAAAAUUUCUCCAAAUUUGUUAAGGACAAAUCUGUAACCACUUAUGACUCUUUCUUUAUGGACUAUUCUGCCAACACCUUUGCCACAGUAAAUGAAAUAAAGAAUUUAAGUAAUUAUUCACAGAAGAAGGAAGACCUUUCUUUUCUUUCCAACAUUUACAAAGACAUUGAAAUUUUGACUUUUGAGAAAAUCCCCAAGUACUGUCUACCCUUGGGGGUUAAUUGUCUCUAUAACCCCAAGAAGACCUUUUCCUAUCGACUGUAUAAUAUUUUUAAGAGGACUUCCCAAAUGCAGGUCAUCGUUUCUGCCGUCGUGGGUUUUUUCCUUUACCCUUCUUUUAAACAGUACGGUCAGUUGAGGUACGCUUAUCUCGCUGCCUCCAUAGGUGCUACCCUCCUCGUUACUAACAUCAAGGAUUUUUUACUCCUCUUGGCGAAUUAG